AUGCCUGGUGGUGAGGCAAAGUGGAGUAAAGAGGAGGUAGUGGCCUGUUUAGAUGCCAAACAGGGUGAUAACGGAUUUAGAAAAGUUGAGACAGAACGAAGGUUGGAAGAGAAAGGUGUGAUUGUUGACGGUGAGAAAGGAUGGAGAAUGCCACGUGUGAGAGUGCUUGAUGUUCAGAAUGAGAUAUGGAAGAACGAUCUCCUAGAGUGUGUGCAUAGGAGAAAUGAGAUUUCGUUUGAUGGAAUGACCAUGGAUAAAUACAAAAUGAGUGAAAAAGAGGUGGAUGAGUCGGUCAGGGAGAGUGCUGAGAGCACCCAUGACAGCUCUAUGGAGAUCUCUUCUCCUGAAGGAGAUUUAAUGAGCGAGAUAAUAGCUUAA